UCCCUGCUGGAAUCCUCCGCUUCCGCUUGGUCCCUGUCGCCGCUACACUUUCCCUCCCCCUUUAAAGCUCCAAGGGCCACUCCCUUCUCUAGCGCUCCACGCCGCUCGCCCUCGGAGGGCCAAGACUAGCGACAUGGAGGGUUGCGUCGGGGAAGAAUCUUUUCAGCUGUGGGAGCUCAAUCGACGCCUGGAGGCCUACCUGACCCGGGUCAAGACGCUAGAGGAGCAGAACCAGCUGCUCAGCGCCGAGCUUGGGGGACUCCGGGCUCAGUCCGGGGACGCCUCCUGGCGGGCCAGAGCCGACGACGAGCUUUCAGCCCUGCGGGGCCUCGUCGAUCAGCGCUGGCGGGAGAAGCACGAGGCAGAGGUUCAGCGCGACAACCUAGCCGAAGAGCUGGAGAGCGUGGCGGGCCGGUGCCAGCAGGUGCGGCUCGCCCGGGAGCGGACCAUCGAGGAGGUCGCCUGCAGCCGGCGAGCGCUCGAGGCGGAGAAGAAUGCGCGGGGCUGGCUGAGCACCCAGGCGGCGGAGCUGGAGCGCGAGUUAGAGGCUCUGAGAGCCGCGCACGAAGACGAGCGCGCACACCUGAACGCCCAGGCCGCCUGUGCGCCGCGCCGGCCCCCCGCGCCGCCCCACGGAUCCCCCGUCCGGACCCCCGAAGUCGAGGAGCUAGCCAGGCGGCUAGGCGAAGUGUGGCGCGGUGCGGUGCGUGACUAUCAGGAGCGCGUGGCUCACAUGGAGAGCUCGCUGGGCCAGGCCCGCGAGCGGCUGAGCCAAGCCGUGCGGGGAGCUCGGGAGAGUCGUUUAGAGCUGCAGCAGCUGCAGGCUGAUCGCGACAGCCUCCAGGAGCGCAAAGAGGCGCUGGAACAGAGGUUGGAAGGCCGCUGGCAGGACCGGCUGCAGGCCACAGAAAAGUUCCAGCUGGCUGUGGAAGCCCUGGAGCAGGAGAAGCAGGGUCUACAGAGUCAGAUCGCUCAGAUCCUGGAAGGCGGGCAGCAACUGGCACACCUCAAGAUGUCCCUUAGUCUGGAGGUGGCUACAUACAGGACACUGCUGGAGGCUGAGAACUGUCGGUUGCAGACACCUGGAAGAAGUUCCCAGGCUUCUCUCGGCUUUCCCGAUCCCAAGCUGAAGCUGCAUUUCCUUGGGAAACCGGAGGAGCAGCACCUGGGAUCUGUGCUCCCUGUCCUCAGCCCAACAUCCUUCCCUUCCCCCUUGCCUAAUGCCCUUGAGACACCAGUGACAGCCUUUCUGAAGACAAAGGAGUUCGUUCAGGCCAGAACCCCAACCUUGGCCAGCACUCCCAUCCCACCUAUGUCUGAGGUUCUCUGCCCUACAAAUGCAGAGGUCUCCCUGCUCCAGACACAGGGUGGGAGGCAACAGGCUCCAGCGCCUCUUUGGGCUGAGGCCACAGUGCCUAGUUCUACCGGUGUCCCCCCAGAACUAGAGGAGCCUGGGGGUGAGCAGCCUGGCCACUUCCCUGAUGAUCUGACCCCCUUAGCCCCGCCCCUCAACCCUCACCACCCAGUUUCAGAGGCUAAAGAUGGAGAAUCCAGUGAGUCUAGAGUUUCUAGCAUAUUCCAGGAAGAAGAAGGGCAAAUCUGGGAAGUAGAGAAAGAAACAGCCACAGAAGUAAAAGUAGAGAACAGCUUAGCACAGGGAACACAAGAGAGUGGUGUGGACACAGAAGAAAUCCAGGAUUCCCAGGGACUUUUGCAAAAGGAAACCCUGGAGGCUCUAGUAGAGGAGCCAUUGAUGUCUCUGAAAAUCCAGAGCCAUGAGACACCAGGAAAGGAGAAUUACAAUUCAUCUACAGAAGAGAACCUGGGAACACUAAAAAGCCCAGAAAAGGAGAAACAAACACCGCUGAAGUCUUUAGAAGAAAAGAAUGUAGAGGCAGAGAAAACUCUAGAAAAUGGGGUUCCUGAACUCUCUAAGCAUUUAAGAAAAGAAGACCCAAGAAUGGAGGAUCAAGAAUUAAUGUCUCCUGAAGGUGCACUAGAGACAGCUUCAUUUCUAGGAAAGGAGAAUCAAGAGGUAGUGAGGACUUCAGAACAGGGGCGCUUAGAAUCAUUGACAGCUUCUGAAAAAGAGAGCCUACACCCGCUGGGAUGUCCAGACGCUGAGGGCCAGAUGCUUGAGAGGCUGAGAGAGAAUGAGGAUCAGAGAUCCCCAAGGUCUCUAGAAGGAGAGGACCAGCAGCAAGCACUUAGACCUCUGCAGAAAGAGAAUCAGGAGCCACUAAGGUAUGAAGAAGCACAGGACCAGAUGCUUGAGAGGCUGAGAGAGAAAGAGGAUCAGGGAUUCCCAAGGUCUCCAGAAGAAGAGAACCAGCAAGCACUUAGACCUCUGCAGAAAGAGAAUCAGGAGCCACUAAGGUGUGAAGAAGCACAGGACCAGAUGCUUGAGAGGCUGAGAGAGAAAGAGGAUCAGGGAUUCCCAAGGUCUCCAGAAGAAGAGAACCAGCAAGCACUUAGACCUCUGCAGAAAGAGAUUCAGGAGCCACUAAGGUGUGAAGAAGCACAGGGCCAGAUGCUUGAGAGGCUGAGAGAGAAUGAGGAUCAGGGAUCCCCAAGGUCUCCAGAAGGAGAGGACCAGCAAGCACUUAGAUCUCUGCAGAAAGAGAAUCAGGAGCCACUAAGGUGUGAAGAAGCAGAGGACCAGAUGCUUGAGAGACUAAUAGAAAAGGAGAACCAGGAGACCCUGGAGUCUCCGGAAGAAGAGGACCAGGAGGCAUUUAGAGCUCUGCAGAAAGAGAAUCAAGAGCCACUAAGGUGUGAAGAAGCACAGGACCAGAUGCUUGAGAGGCUGGUAGAGAAAGAGGAUCAGGAGUUCCCAAGGUCUCCAGAAGGAGAGGACCAGGAGGCACUUAGACUUCUGGAGAAAAAGAGUCAGGAGCCACUAAGGUUUGAAGAGGACCAGAUGCUUGAGAGACUGAUAGAAAAGGAGAGUCAGGAGUCCUUGGAAUCUCCAGAAGAAGAGGACCAGAGGAUUGGGAAGCCUCUAGAAAGAGAGAAUGAAGAAUCUCUGAGGUCUCUUGAUGAAAACCUAGAGACCAUUGUACCACUAGAAAGCAGGAACCAGAGGUCACCGAGAUCUCUAGAAGUAGAGGAAGAGGAGAAGAGGAUUGUGAAACCUCUAGAAAAAGUGAGCCAGGACUCUCUUGAAUCUCUAGAAAAAGAGAAUGCCCAGCCAGUGAGGUAUCUGGAAGAAGAUGACCGCAUGAUUAAGAGCCUGCUAGACGAUGAGACUCAUGAGACCCUGGGAUCUCUUGAAGACAGAAAUAGGGAGAGCAUUAUACCACCAGAAAGUAAAACUCAGGGUUCAUUGAAGCCUCCAGAAGAGGAGGAACAGAGGAUUGUGAACCAUCUAGAAAAAGAAAGCCAAGAGUUCCUGGGGUCUCCAGAAGAAGAAGAAGAGCAGGUACUGGAGAGAUCUUUAGAGGGAGAGAACCAUGAGCCACUGAGAUCUGUAGACAAAGAGCAGCAGAUGGUUGAGAGCCAGCUAGAGAAAGAGAGUCAGGACUCAGGGAAGUCUCUUGAAGAUGAGAGCCAGGAGACCUUUGGAUCUUUGGAAAAAGAGAAUCCAGAGUCCCUGAGAUCUCUAGCAGGACAGGACCAAGAGGAACAGAAACCUGAACAAGAGACCCAACAGCCACUGAGGGCUAUAGAGGAUGAGCAGAUGACAGAGAGCCCAAAGGAAAAGGUGGAUCCAGACUUACUGAGGCCUCUUGGAAAUGACCAGGAAAUAGUUGGAUCUCUUGACAAAGAGAAUAGAGAGUCACUAGUGUCACUGAAAGAAGAAGGUAUGGAGACAGUGAAGUCUUCAGAAACAGAGAACAUGGAACCACUGGAGAUGGCAGAAGAGGACCUGGAAAGAAGGAAGUCUGUAGACACUCAAGAGCCAUUGUGGUCUACCGAAGUGACUAGUGAGACAAUAGGGCCUCUAGAAAAGGAGAUCCACAAACAACUGGGGUUUGUGGAUGAGAACCAAGAGAUGCUGACACCCCUUGAAAGGGAGAGUCAAGAACUGAGAUCUUUGGGCAAGUGGAACAUAGAGACUGUGGAAUCACCAGGAGGGGUGGAGGACAGCAGUCAGCAGUGCCUGGAAGUGGAAGAGGGCCUGGAGAGGGAACAGGAUCAAGAGUCACUGAGGUCUCUGGGAGAGGUGGAGCAGGAGCUGUCUGGAAAUCAACAGAGGUGGGAGGAUGUGGUAGAGGAUGGAGAAGUGGGUCAGGAAACACCUCUGGGGACCGCAGGAGUGGAAACUGAGGAUAAAGCAGAGUUGCAUCUAAGGGGGCAAGGUGGGGAGGAAGAAGCUGCAGAGGAGGGAGAGCUGCUGCAGGAUGUCGUGGGGGAGGCCUGGAGUCUGGGGAGCUCAGAGCCCAAGGAGCAGAGGGUCCCUGCUGAGGCUUUCGACAACCUGGAGGGACAACCAGAGCAGAUGGGGGUCCUAGAGGUCCCAGUUGCUCAGGGAAUGCCAGAGGUGACAGAGCAAGAUGAUGAUAGAGCCCAUGCAGGUGAACAAGACUCCGUAGAGGUGACCCUUGGGUUAGAGGCUGCCAGAGCUGGACUGGAACUUGAGCAGGAAGUGACAGGGCUAGAAGACCCAUGGCAUUUCACCAGGGAGGAGGCCAUUCACCCAUCCCUGGGGGAGGAAAGUGUGAAGGCAAAGAUAGCUCAGGGCUUGGAAGGGCCUGGAAAGGAACCAAAAGAGGCAGGUGCUCUGGAUUCAGGGAUCCUCAAAUUACCCAAGACUAGCAGUGAGGCUCUGGAAGGCAAGGGCUGCGAAGAGUCUGUGGAGGGCUGGGGAGAAGAGGAGGCCUCACUGGAAACCUCAGACCAUGAGGGCAGUGAUGCCCCUCAGCCCAGGCCCCUGGAGACAGAGGAAGAUGGGGGUGUACAGGCAGCACUGACAGCCCCUGGCCCCAAGCUCAUGGAACCCUGUUCACCCAUCCCAAUCCUGACAGAUGCUCAUGAGCCACAGCCCCAGGCUAAGGGGAUCCAGGAGACUGGGUGGCAGGCAGAAGCUGAGUCUGAAGCACUGGGAAGGGUAGAAGAUGAGCCAGAGUUUGGUCUUGGGGAGAUCCCCGAGGGCCUCCAGGAUUGGGAGGAGGGCAGAGAAGACAGUGAGGCUGAUGAGCUAGGGGAAACUCUCCCUGACUCUACUCCCCUGGGCCUCUACCUGAGGUCUCCUGCGUCCCCAAAGUGGAACCUGGCUGGAGAACAGAGGCUUUCCCCUCAAGGGGAGGCCAGGAAGGAAGGCUGGGGUCCUGCCGUCCUGGCUGCCCAGGGUCUCAGUGAUCCACCAGAGGAGGAGGAGCAAGGCCAUGACUCUGACCUAUCAUCUGAGGAAUUUGAGGACCUGGGGACUGAGGCCUCUCUUCUUCCAGGGGUUCCCAAGGAGGUGGCAGAUCAUCUAGGCCAAGUGCCCCCAGAACUGCAGCCUGCAUGCUGGGAUCAGGGUGGGGAGUCUGAUGGGUUUGCUGAUGAGGAAGAGAGUGGGGAGGAGGGAGAGGAAGAAGAUGCCGAUGAGGAUGGAGCAGAGUCAGGGGCUCAAUGGUGGGGGUCGGGGCCCUCUGGUGGAGGUGUCAAGGUCCAGGAUGUCACCCAAAGAGGAGACCUGGAACAUGAAUCCGUGGGUGUCAGUGGUCUCUGGGAUGAUGGCUUGAGAGGCGUUGCAGCUAAUGUUCCGGUAACUGCCCUAGAGACGGUGUCUCAGGACAGUGCUGAGCCUUCUGGGUCAGAGAGGUCUGAGUCUGCUUCCUUGGGUGGGGAGGAAGGUCAAGCGACUGACCAUGUAGAUACUCCCCUCGAGGUGACUAGCCUGGUCCCAGGGGCAGGAGACACCUUUGAUAUCAGUGGCCAGGGCCCCGACUUGGAGUCAGAGCAAGUGAAUGGGAGGGUGGAGAAUGGACUAGCACAGCCUGAGGGGCAGGUGGUUCUGGAUGGAGACGAGGAUCAAGGCCUCCCUUUACAGGAACAGGAGGUGGGUGCCCUAAAGGUCCCUUUGAUAGGGUCUCCUGUGCAUCUAGGCCCAAGCCAGCCCCUGAAGUUCACUCUUAGUGGAGUAGGCGGAGAUCCUUGGUCCUCAGGGGAAGACUAGAAACUGCCCUUCUGGCAUUGAGGACUUAACAGUGGGGAUGUUCCUCCCUGUUCUGGGCUGGCACUCUUAGCUUUGAUAACUUGACCUGUUUGAUCUUUCCUGGAGAGGUGUGGCUGGCUGAGUGAUCCAGGUGAGAUCCUGCUUGGAUCACCCUGAAGGCUCAGGUCAGCUGAGCCUAUAGUUCUAUGCCCCCUUUCUUCUGUGGCUCACCCUGCUGGAAGAGGCCUGGGCCCAGAGCUUUCCCCACGAGGCUGCUCUGGCCAGAGCUUGCUAGCCCUGCCUUGUCUUCAGUAGUGCCACCUGCACAAGGUCUGGUGCAGGCCCAGAGGAGCUGAGGGCAGAAAUGAUGACUGACCCCUCAAUCUCAUCUCAGCUUGCUGAGAUCUUUUUCCUCUCUUCCUCCCUUGAAUAAAGUUGUAUCCCUACCUACAAA